GGAGGCGGAGGAGGGGUAGGAGGAGAAGGAGAAGAUUCUGACGGCAGCAAUAGAGCUUCACCAACGAACAGAGGUAUAGCUUCAGGCGCAGCGAUCGUACAAGUCCCAACGGCCAGUGUCCAGGCCGCCCGGUCCGGCAAGUGGGUGCUGGUUAUCGCCGGCUUGCUGAUGGUCUUGUAG